UCCUCCUGUUUCUUGCAUCUAUUUCGAAUUGAUAACGAUCAAUGUAAAUGUUUCGGGAUUUCAAUGUUUUAAAGUGUAUGAUAUGACACUUCGAGGCACUCGUAAGAAUAACUAAUAACAGGUAUAUUUUGUGAACCGUAAGCUUUUGUUACUUACUUGGUUAAUGGCGCCCAGGUGUGGCUGACGCGUAUUUUAGAUCCCACCCAUAACAAGGAACUUAAUUGUACCAAGUGAUAUACACACUUAACCGUUUCCAGUUUGAAAUUGUGAAGAACUCUGGUCAGAUAAUUGAAGUCAGUCGAGAAGACAUUACCAGUUGCAGUUCCUUAAUUGUACAUAUUGAAAAUGGCUGAUACUCAGGAAGGUUCUAAUUUUGACUAUAUUGUUAUGACUCCAACCAAGAAAGGAGAAGCCACUCAUAUCAAAAUCGAGAGGAAGAAACGGUUAACAUUUGAAGACCAAAAAGUUGCUCACAUUGGUGGUGGGGAGCACAAAGGCCUUGUUAUUAACAAUCAAACUGCUGACGAUGAUGACAACCUGGGAAAGCCUCAAUUACAACUUGGAUUUGCUUGCUUUUUGGUGGAUCAGAAGACUGGAGAUCAUCUUGUGGAAACACGGAAGUUGAAGUUUUGGUAUGUUGAUGGUACUGAGUAUCUUGACCAAGUUACACGGGCAUAUGACUUCUUUAAAGAACUCAUAAGACCAGACGACUUUCCAAGAGAUUAUGUUGGUUUUAUUAAGAAAUGCAUGAAACAGAUGCAGGGACCCAUUUAUACUCAGAUACGAAGAGUUGAAUUGUCUAUGCAGCAACUUGAUCAAAGUGAAGCACCAUUGAGUCCAGAAGUCAAAGUGGAAACCACUGUGAUGCGUGACCAUGAAAUUCCACAAACUAUUGUUUACGAAAGCAAACUACCACCACCACCACCACCAGUAACUGAGGAAGAGAAAAUUGAAGCAGUUCAAAUCACUUCUGCAGAGGAGUGCCCUCUCCCUGAUAUUAUUGAAGAUGAACGUCCACUCCCUGAUGUCAUUGAGGAAGAAAUACAAACUACUUAUCGUAAGGCUGAGAAUUUGCCGCCUCCUAGUUUUAUGGUUGAAGAAGUGGUCAAUGAUGCUGACAUUGAGGAAGAUUUACCACCUCCAGUUGGAGUGGUGGAAGAAGUGGUCAGUGAUGUUGAUGUUGAUGUUGAGGAAGACUUACCACCUCCAAUUGAUGAGGUGGAAGAAGUCAGUGAUAUUGAUUUUGAUGAAGAUUUACCACCUCCAGUUGGAGUGGUCGAAGAAGUGGUCAGUGAUAUUGAUCCCGAUGCUGAAGAAGUGAUCAGCGAUACUGAGAUCGAUGAUAUCUUUUUUUUCUUAUCAGAAGACAAAUUUUCGGCACCAAUUAUUGUUGGAAUGACUGCAGACGGUUUACCCAAAAUAGACAAUCGGCCUAAGGAUGAAAUUCUCCGGGAAAAGAUGUUGCACAUAUUGGAAUCUGCUUAUCCCAACAUUUUGGCAGUUGAAGAUAUCUGCCGAAUUACUGCUGCUGAUGAAGUUAUGGUCCGUGAACAGCUAAAAGAACUCCAUACACGCAAUUUGGUCACAGAAAUGGAGCAGGGUGGAUUCAUGAGACACGUAUUAGACGAGAAAUCAGAGGUACAACUCGUAAAACAGAUGCCAACGAUUGCUGCCAACCAACAGCCGACCAUUGCUAUCAUCACUGCUAUGUAUUAUGAAAAACUUGCUGUUGAUGCCAUGAUGGAAAAUAAGACGACAUACAUGAAAUACAAAACAGAAGGUGAAUCCAAUGUGUACACAAUUGGUUUUAUUGGAGAACACAAAGUUGUUUCAACUAAACUCCCUGCUAUUGGCCAUGCAAGAUCUGCUCAGAUUUCUUCUGGAAACACCACAACAAGAUUACUUGGUACAUUCCAGAACAUAGAGCAUGUGUUUGUCGUCGGUGUUGCAGGUGGAGUUCCUUACUACACAGACUAUUACAAACACGUUCGUCUAGGGGAUGUGGUGAUAUCUCGAGGGGAAGACAGAGAUGUCAUCUAUUAUUAUUGUGAGAAAAUCCUGAAAAACAAAAGUGGAGACUUGCAGUAUCUUCACAAGACAUUUGCUCCUAAAGAUAGCAGUUUACAACAAACUGCAAGGAAGAUUGUUGAGACCAGUAAAAAUAAUCCCGAAUCCAAACCAUGGGAACUCUAUUUGGAGGAAGGUCAGAAAUUAUUGCAAGGUCAAGAAGUCCACUUUAUGCGUCCCUCUUCCACUACUGACCGUCUUUAUAUGAAUAUUGGAGAAGACAACGUCAUUGAAGUCGAACACCCACAACCACCAGAGGAGAUUGCUUCCAAUUUCGAUCCAGACAAGCCGAGGGUUCAUUACGGUGUCCUUGGUUCAGGCCGGCCUGUGGUCAAAAGCGAUGCCAUCCGGCUUGAUUUUGCUGGGAAAUAUAACAUCAAAGCUUUCGAUACUGAAUUUGAUCAAGUUCUUGAGUCUAUUAUUGGCAAUCGGAAAGACAGUUUCAUGUUUAUUCGUGGCAUAUCUGAUUAUACCGAUGGCUCCAAGAACAAAGAAUGGCAACCUUAUGCCGCUCUUACAGCUGCUGCUUUCAUGAAAACAAUUAUAAAGGCCUUAACCAAUCCUUUAGUAGAUGAUUUCUAAACCAUUUUUUUUUUUUUUUUUUUAGUUCUGUCUGCAUGAUUCCUUUUCCUUUUCCACUGACUCUCUUUUUAAUCUUCUCCUAAUUUUAAAAUGCUCAUUUUUUAAUGCAUUCCAUCUUUCUAAAGUCUCCUUUGAUAAUUUCCCUGAUCCAUGCAGCUCGUUAAGGAAAAACCUGACAAAAUAAAUCAAGUAGCUUUUCUAUAAUUAUGGUCUGCUGUGCUAAAUUUUCUUUAAACAAAGUGUUGAGGAAAAAAAAUACAAUAAAUAUUUUUGAAGUUAUUUUUUUCAAGAUUUUUUUUUUCAUUGAAUUCAAGCUUGUUUCAAUAAAAUUUGGGAAAUAAUUUAUAUCUUGCUAAAAUAUUCCUAAAUUUUCAAUUUUGUUUAUUUAUCAACGCAUUCUAAGUUUAUGAUUAAAGAGUUAAUUUCAUUUUUGAAGUAAUUUUUUCCAUUUAUUUCUCCAGGUAUGAGCUUAUUUUUUAAUUUUUUGUAUCCACAAGAAGAAAAAAAACAGUUUAACACAGUUAAAACCUCAAUUGAUUUAAGAAAACUAUCAAUAUUCGUUUUUGUUAGUUUAACAAAAUCUUUGGAAAUGCAGUAAUUUUUUUCAUUAUUGUUAAGCCUAUCAUUAUCGUUAAGCCUAUAUGUUUUGCAUAACUAAUUUAUGCUGUCUGUUGUUUUACUUAUAAAUUUCUUCCUAAACUGUGGCGCAGCUAAAAAUUAUAAAGUAUUUGAGCAAAUGGACAUUUUCUGUUGCUAUUAAAAUACAUCACACUCUCUCACACUUGUUAUAAUAAGUCUUCCAUGCUGUGUGCCCUAAAACCAAGAAAAGGUUUCAUAAUUUCCAAUUUAUUAUCUUAAACGAUGGCAACUUGGAGACAAAGUGAAUAUAAAAUGACUUGUUGCUGGGAUAAUGAAUUAUAAGAUAUCAAAUUGGUUCAAUUUAUAUAAUCUUUUUACCUUUUUAAAAUAAAAAUUCAAUUAAAUUGUAAUCAUGAUGGUGAUAAUUCUCUCUCUUUAGAUUUCAAGUAUGUGUUGGUAGGCUGUGAAAGAAUGUGACAAGAAACUCAGUUUUAACUGCUUUUAAAUAUAUAUAUGCAUAUAUACAUAAAUGUAUAUACACAUAUGUAUGUAUAUAUAAAACAAAAUGAAAUAACGAAGCCAAAAGAAUAUUGAAUUUUGUUACCAUUUUUUUUUGCUGCUGUUUUUUAAAAAUUAUAACAAUAUUUGUGAAAGCUUUUUUUAAUUAAUUAAUGCUUGAAAAAGAAAUCAAAUAUUUUUGUUAAGGAAGAGGGGGGUUGUACCUAUUUGGAAAUAAUAGAAAUAAAAAGAAAUUUUCAAUUUAGAAUUAUAUAAUAUCUUCUGAAAUGUAUUUAGCAAGCUGCGCCAAAGAUUGACACAAAGGAACUAAUUCUGCCUAGGUGGUACCCACCUUUUCUUUUAGUCUCUAAAGUUGGUUCAUUUUGGUAAUUUAGACACCAAUAAAUAUAAUUUGUUUCAAUUUCAGAACUUCUGUUUAAUUUUGUUCCAUAAAUUUUAUCAGUCAAUUAUGUAAAGUUAUAUUGGACAUCAUAAAGUGAAACUGUACUUAGUUUUUAUUGCUCCUUUCUAUCAAAUAAUCUUACUGUUCAAAACAGUGUUUUUUGAGCGCACAAAAUUACUUAAGAAAUUCCAAACUCUUAUAUUUACUGAUCUUGAAAAUGUUUGAUUUCUCUAAUUCUAUCAGACUUGUGAUGAAAUCUACCUAAAUCACAAAAGUAAUACCCUGUAGAUUAUUUCACACAUUUUAUGUCUAAUGGUGUGUGGAACAAAAUUCAGCUACUGAUAAAUGAUUUUCUAUUCUUACUAAAAUAAACGAAAAGUUAUAUAUUUAUUGUGUGUGUCUGUCUAUUUUAUCAUCCAAAACCCCAAGAGCAUUCAAUACACGUUUAUAGAGGUAGCAGCAGUAGUGUGCAGAGUUUAAUCUCUGGGUAGAGUAACCAGGAUUUCAAACCUACUUUAACAAGGUUUUCUAUAGAACCAACAACCUUGUCUGUGAACCCGACUCAUCUGUAAUUGAAAUGAGAAAACAAGAUAACAUUUUAAGAAUUAUGAUGGAUGUUGUUGACUAGUCAUGCAUCAUUUCUGAUGUGAAGUCUUUCAUCUUGUAUUGUGCCAACAAUUUUCUUAAAGUUUGGAAGAAGGAAUUGAAACAUGUUGCAUCAUACCAAACAUUUCAAAUUUUUGGAUAUUUUUCUUUUAGAAAUUGGGUUGGGUGGAAGCUAUGGAAUUUGCUUUUGAGACCAAGUCAUUAACAUCUUGACUCAUCUCUAAAAGUUGAUCUUCUAUCCAAGAAUUCCCUCUGUAAAGUUCAUAUUUCUCCUGUCAUCUCUUUAAUUUCUAAAUCAAUUUUAAGAACACUGUUUUUCUCAGCAGCAUUCACAGAAUAUAUGCUCUGUGACUCUUGUGUAGUUGGUCAAAGUUAACCACUAUUGUUUUUUUUUAUUUUUUUUUUUUAUAUAUAUUCUCUUUCACUCAAUAAGACAAGGUUGACUGUCCAAAACUAUUGGGUAUGUGUUUACAGUCCGAGUUACACUCAAAUAUUAGUUCUGUUCAUAAUACCAACUUUUCCCUUUAUGAAAUAUUAAUCUCAAUCUAUGUAUAACAUAAAUCAAAGAAAAUCGAGGUUUCUUUUUGAACCACAAAAUAUUAUUUGAAAUAUAAAUACGUCUAAUGAUGUCUUAUACAUAAAGCGUAGAUCAUGGGAUUUUAAGGUGAAAAUGGAUUAUCAAAAAUACUUGUUUUUUUUUUAUUUUAUUUCCCCACUUUAAGCCAAAUUUGAAGAUUUUUGAGAAAACCUGUUUGUAUUCAUCUUUUAAAGAGAUUUUAAAUAUAUUACUGAUGAUAUACCAUGGAUUUAAAAAAAAAAUUUUUUAAAGAAUUUCUUCUCAAUCUUGCCUCGGACAUUAAGAUAAUCAUCAACAAUUUAAUGUUGCCUGAUUAUCUUAAAACAAUCUACAAUCAAAUAAAUCUUUGUAAGAUUUUUUUUCUCUGUUUUCAAUAAAAAAAAAUUACAAUCCGGUAACACUAGUUACAAACAUGCAGGUAAGUCUUGUUUUUUCGUUUUUUCUUAAAUAUUUCAGGACACUGACUACACCAUAAAAAUUUCUUACAAAGUAAUAUAGUUUAUAUUCCUGUUAAACAAAAAAUAAAAACACAUACUACAGAAUUUGCAUAUAUAUGUGUGUGUGUGUGUAUAUAUGUAUAUACACACAAAUAUAUAAUAUUUAUUUUAGACGAUGAUGUAUGAAAUUGCACUUUUAUAAAAAGAACUUUUCAACUGCCUUCAUCUCUCUCUCUCUCUCCUCUCUCUCUCUCUCCUGCUGUAUUCAUGUUGUUAGAGCUAGAAAUGGCAACAUAAGUGGUUUGUUUGUUUCCCCCCUUUUUCUCUCCCUCAUCUUGAAAACCCUUCUUGGUUUCAUUUGAUAUACAAGAGUUAGAUUUUUCUUUUUUAAUUCUUGAAAUGUUUUCAUCAAAACUUAGUUUGCUGAUGUCUUUUGCCUGGAAACCAAACCCAUCUUUUUCCUGUUCAGUGGGAACUUUAGUUGUUGCCUUGCAUCCUUUGUCUUGCCUCAUCCCCCCCGGCUCCUAUAUUAUUUUUCUCUGCAACCACACACUACACCAACUGAUAUAUGUUCUUAUUGAUUUGGAAACUGUCCUUUUGUUAUUUUUGCCUCUCUUUGUACAACUUCCACUACUGUCUGCUGUUUUAUCCAUUAUUUCAAUUCUCUGCUCUGCUUGUGCAAAAAAAAAAAAAAAAAAAAUUACUGCUGCCAAGAAUAUUUUUGGUAAAUCUGACAUUACAACAACAAAGAGAAAAA